GAUGUUCUAGAUCUCGUUUGCGAACCAGAGAAUGUCCUCUUCAUGUGGCUGUUGCGUGGUUCUGGGUAUUCUUCAUGAAGAUUGAUUCGUCGCCGCUCCCAUGGAAUCUUGAUUGACGAGUUAAUUGAUUACCCUAUAUCCCUGAAUGGCAAAACAGGAUUUCCAACACUGGAUCACAAGCCGACCAGGGUAUGACAACCUACGUCAUUAAACCCUUGGGCUCUGUAUGAGUUCCUUAUAUAUCGAACCGUACACCGAAAUGCUUGUUAUACAAUUCGACAUUUAUAACAUAUUGUUAUCCAUUUUUGUUAGCUCAAUCAAAUCAUACUACAGUCUCAACACUCCAACGCAAACCCCAAAAUACACGAACGACACCCGCUUCCACCUUACAACAAUAUCAUGGAGUCCUUAAAGAAAGCGACAGGUAUUGCUGCUCCUGAGCAUACGGAUGAACAGAAGAAACAGUUCUAUGAGAGUCUUUCCGAGGAUCAAAAACAAAAGCAAACGUAUACGGAAUGGGUAAAGGAGGCAUACAAUGAUCAAUAUGAGAAGUGGAUGCCAUGGAUUGAAGAUCAGUAUUUGAAAUGGUUCGGAAAGGGAGACAACAAGGCAUCAUAUGCGACAAAGGAUGCUCUUAGCAAGACCAAAGUCACCGGUGUAUCACAGAUCGACCAAAUACAGGACGAUGUCCACAAUCUUGUCGGUAAUCAACUUGGAGAGAAUGGUCUACUAGCUCCAAUUGGUAAUUUGGCGGGGAAAGAAGGCAUAAACAGAAUGGAGAGAAAUGGAAAGGAUGAAGAUGGUUCCUACGGCGGUCCUACAUCAGCAAUCAGCGAUCCAAUCAUCAAUAAUGCAAAGGGUGUUGGACAGGGAGUUGUAGGCGGCGCACAGAGUGCUGGCUCUGGUCUAGCAAGUGGUGCCAAGAGUGCAGGUGGAUAUGUUGGAGGAAUCUUUGGGGGUGGUCAAAAGGAAGAGCCAAAGGCAUAAUAAGGGGAAAGCUGAAUCACACUCUAUUCGGGUGCCAAACCUUUAUAAUAUGAGGGUGCGAUGAAAGGACAAGGCUGUGGGAUCUGUUUGAAGGCCUAGCAGCCUGUGGGAGAAUUGUGGGUUUAUUGAUAUGAUACCAAAUUUGAUUUUAUUA